CCAGAGGCUCCCUCCCACUCCGACACUGACCCCGCCCCGCUGGUCCUUCCCGGCAGCCGCCCGCGGUGACUGCGUUCCAUCGCCCCUUCACACGUCGCCUGGCGCUUCUUUUUCACCCGACACCUUUUCACCGCCGCGUGCAUUUGCCCACUUCACAUGGGCGACGGCUGUUCUAACACAUUUUUUUUUCUUCUAAAUUUCUGGUUUUCUUCCGAGAGGGAAUAGAAGAGCGUCGAGGGAGUCGACUUCAGGACGAAGCAGUCGUUCGCAGACGCACCGGGACAACAUGACGUUCACCCGGGACUUUUGGGCUGUCUUGUCGUGCUGCGCCAUGAUGACGCUUUCCCGCUGUCACGCAGCUUCGAUGUCCGCAAGUUCCUGUUCCGUCAUUGACUCGAACCUUACGGGUGGCACGAUUGAAUGGGGAAUAUGCAAGAGGAUAAAUUAGAUCGCCUUCUUCCGCCGACAGACCUGUCGUACAAGUGGCUCGACCUGUUAACUGUGAACGUGUCCUGGUCCUGGCAGAGGCCCAUCGAUCUGCCAGAGAAGUGUGAAAUCCAGUAUGAAUUACGCCUGGUGGAGAAGGAAGAACGGAAAGAGGGACACAGGUGUCCGAAGCGUACAUUUUUAAAAAAUGUCGCAGACAGUUGUCUCACGAAACAAUCAAAUUCUGAUCAUUGGACGUACUCUAUUCAUACCCUUGGCCAUAACUGCGACGGGUGGAAUUCCAGCACAAAUGUCACGAUAACCGUCAAAUGCCCCGAGGGACGAGCUGAUCUGGUGAAGAACUUUAAGUGUGUACUUGAACCCAGUGGAAUGAACUGCUCCUGGAUCCCAGUACACCCGUCUCAUGAACUCAAGCUGUCCCACAGGGUCUGCGGCUCUUCCGAAAAACUCAGGAAAAGCUUCAAAGAGUGUGAUCGUCCUUACAGCACUGGUAUGAGGAACGGCUGUUACCUGAAUGUCACCGUCGGUGAAAAUAACAUCUGCAUUGUUGCGAACUCCAAAAUUGGAUGGAGCAUCAUUGAACCUCUCCUUGUGAUACCGUCAUCAAAGCUGAGCAUCAGAGAAGACAAUCAUCACCUCAACCUGACGUGGAUGCCUCCAGAGGUUGGAAAAUAUUGUUCAUGGAAGUAUAAUUUCUGCUACACGCAAUGCAAUGGUCCGGAGCAGUGCCUGCUGUCCAGCAGUACUCACCGGAUGCCCUACGAUGAAAACUGCCUCUACAAGUUCCGAUCCCGAGUCUUGAAUGGCACGCAUUGCCCAGGGAUGAACAGCGACUGGAGUGAAUUUGUGUCUUACGGCGUCAACAAGCCUCCGGACGGGACGCUGACUGUGGCUGUCAUCGUCAUCCCCAUCAUCCUGUGUGUCUGUGUCAUUCUGUCCUGCUACUGCUUCAGGAGGCACAGUGACAUUAUUUGCCCCAACACACCCGAUCCCUCCGCAAUAUUCAAGGAGAUGGUGAUGAACGGAAACAAAGAACACAAGACCACGGCCGAGAGUCUGUACACGCCGGUGCCAGAAGUCGUCGAGCCCUGCAAAAUUACCCUCGUGAGCGCAACCAGCGCGCUCCAGCAGAACUUCUGACGUGUGUAGCAAUGCCUGCGUGAGAGCUGGACUCCCACUCUGGGUAAAUUCUUCAGGGACAUCUACAAUAAGUUUACACUGACCUCCUCUGUCUCUGAAAGCUUCAGGUCUGUAACUGUUGCACGUCUAUGCUCAAUUGUACCUGCACUUUACUGACCUGAGCACAGUUCUGUACCACUGCAACCUACUGGAUGGCAGCAGAAACAAGAUUUUCAGAUGCUAUUAAGUUACUCUGUUAGGUGGUGAGGAUGAACACUGUUGAGGCAUUAAAAAAAGAAAGAAAGAAAAGCUAGGGACCCAGACAUGCAAAUACAAGUUGGAGGCUCGUCAUGACUAUUGAGCACAGAGGAUAAAGAUAAGGAUCAGGGCAAGGCAAGGCGAGUGCUUGGUUGGGCCAGUGGAAGCUACAUCAGCUGGGCAUCGCCCUGCCAGCAAGAGGCGCUGACCCGCUGUACGGAAUGACGGGCAAACGGCAGAGAUGACUCCCAUCACGGCAGCUAGACAACAGGCUCACCAAGACUGUGCUUCACUGUAUCAGCCUCCAAAAUGAGGAGGAGGUUUUUUAUGUCUUGGCAUGGAUACGAACACUUUACGAGGAACUGGAGGGACAGAUGGCACAUGGUGUUAGUGCUGAAACUUUUUUUUUUUUUUAUCAAAUCUCAUUCAAAAAAAGAGAGACCAUCUUAAUCUGAAAUGUAAUGAAUAGAAGUGGCUAGUGAAUAUAUAUAUAUAUAUAUAUGUAUAUAGUCACUCGAUUUUCCUCUGUUAAACCAUUGUCAACGCAUGUCAAAAAAGGAGUUGCACUUUGUGGUCGGUGAGGAAAUUGACCUGCGCGGAAACUGAUGUUUUCUGACUUGAAAUUGUUUUGUUUUUUGGGCAGAAUUACACAGAACUAUGGAGCGCACUUUAAACUGUUUAUAACUCGCCUGUCAGUUCUGUUCAUGUUGUGGAAUCUUCUGUCUGCCCUUUUCAUUUAUUACUUCUGUUAAUUUUUCUUUUUUGGGGGGGGGGGGGGGGUUGAUUGCUGACACUGUUUUGCUGCUUUGAUCGGGACUACAGGAAGAUAAAAUUUACCCUUUGUUUUGUGUUCACCUUUACAGACCCUUUGGUACUGGUUGGGUGAAAUUGACCCCGGGGGGGAAAUAAUUUAUUAUUAUUCCCAACAAUAAAGAUAACACAUUUGA